AUGCCUUGCCCUCAAAGGGCAGCAGUGACUGCCCACAGCCAGGGUGAGGAAAUUAGUCACGAUACUAAGAAAUUCCGGUUUGGGCUACCUUCAUCGGAUAAUGUAUUAGGAUUGCCUGUAGGCCAACAUGUUUACCUUUCUGCAAAAAUCGAUGGUAAUCUGGUGAUCCGAGCCUAUACUCCAGUUUCCAGUGAUGAGACAAAAGGUUAUGUUGAUUUAAUUAUAAAGGUCUACUACAAAAAUGUGAAUCCCAAGUUCCCAGAAGGUGGAAAGAUGUCCCAGUACUUAGACAACAUGAAGAUUGGGGAUGUUAUUGACUUCAGAGGGCCAAAUGGGCUGCUUGUCUAUAAAGGGGCAGGUACAUUUUUUAUCAAGCCUGAUAAGAAGUCUGCAGCACAGAAGAAGUUUGCAAAGCAUCUUGGGAUGAUAGCUGGAGGAACAGGAAUAACUCCUAUGUUGCAGCUGAUUCGUCAGAUCACAAAGGAUCCUAAGGACUCCACAAAAUGUUAUCUUCUUUUUGCUAAUCAGACAGAAAAAGACAUAUUACUGAGAGCUGAGCUAGAAGACAUUGCUAAGACACAUCCUGAUCAGUUCACACUGUGGUAUACCCUGGACAGACCACCACAAGAUUGGAAGUACAGUUCGGGCUUCAUCACUGCAGACAUGAUUAGAUCGCACCUCCCUUCCCCUGGCAAUGAGACACUCAUUCUGAUGUGUGGGCCACCGCCUAUGAUUCAGUUUGCGUGUCAGCCCAACCUGGACAAACUAGGCUAUGCCAAGAGCAGCACAUUUGCUUAUUAACACUGAUGUCAUGUGCUACCUUUUCUUAAGUACUGCGUAUUUUCAGCUUGAACAACUGGUAUGUAACUGUAGUCUUUCUCAGUUCAGUUUCUAUGUUUUAGCUGCAUAAUUACCUUUGGUUGUUUUAGUACUAAGAAAUUCAGAAAUAAUCUUGAAUUAUGUGUGCGUAACUUACAAAGUUAGUCAAGUAAGUACACAAUGUUAGUGUACUUACUAACUUAGUGUAAGUUAGUACAAAAUGUUGCAUCUCUAAUUCUGUGAUAAUUUUUAAGUAAAACUGGAGAGGCAGGACAAAGAUGAAACCACUGGUUUUUUAUUUGGGUAUGGAAUUUGAGAGGGAUAUAAAAGUGGACUGGGAUUACAGGACUGUGCUCUGCAGCUAAUUCUUUACUGCAUCCCUGUGAAAGUGAGAACAAAGAGAAGUCUUUCUUUUUUUUCCCUCUUUUUAAAAAAAAAAAAAAAAAAAAGCUUUUUUGCAGUCCUUUACCAGAGACUAAGCAAGAAGUUGCAGUAUAUAAUUUUAAAAAAUCCUGAACAGAAUUUGUGUAAUGUGCAAAUUGAUUUAUUAGUGUAAUGGAAAUUUUCUUCAGUGUGAAAUUUAUUUAGGAGGACUAUAUAAUCACUGCUGGAAGGUGAUUCCACUGAUGUAAGGUCUGGGCUAAAUUUACAGGCAUAAAUAUCCAGAGAUGUUGCAUCAUUUGAAUGUUUUUCUUUAACAAGGGUAGUGCUUGCUCUUUUGGCAGGUUCAGAAAUUUCCUUUGUUUAAGAGAAAACAGGGCUUCUCCUUUCUUGCUGUCAGUUACGGUGAGUCAAACUCUGCUAACGUCUAAUAUCAGUGUUUUCACCGUACAGCAUUUGGUAUUUCACUCUUGACUACCUGCAGUACAGCACAUUCAUAUUGAGGAAUUAUUAUAUACUGCAUUUGCUCUAAGGUCUGAAAAAAAUGCCUGCGAGAGGAGGCUUGUUUCUUCAGAUGCUAGGGCACACAUUUAUUAAAUAUUUUUAUUCAUCUGAAGCAAAACCAGCAGAAUGUACUAGUUAAAAUUUGGCAUAUAGUUUGGUACUUCAUCAAUUAUAUUUGUAGCAAAAAUGCAAAGACAGGGAUUCAGCUUCUGCUUAGGUUCAAACUGUGAUUCUGUUCCCAGUAAGAAAGUAGUCACCCAUAUUUUGUGUUAGAAUCAUUACCCAGUCAGCAAGAGAUGGAGGAACAUCCAGAAUUUAUUGUUAACAGUCAGAAAAAUUAAGCUUUUUGUGUGUUACGCUAUCUAAGAUUUGUUACUAUAUAACAAGGAACAAAUCAAAAAUUCUUGUAGACUGAAUAUUCACAGCCAAGUUAGCACAAGGACACGGUGAGUUAUAAAUAUAACAUCAAAAGAAAUCUGCAAAUCUUCUUGGAAUAUCCCAGUGAUAUGAAGGCUGUCCCAGUCAGAGCAGCUUAUUCUCUCUUUAUCAUACUUCAAAGCGUUUGCUGCUAAAUUAACCUGACAGACUGUUUCAAAUGCCCACAGUAUGUGAUCUGGUAACUAGUGUUGAUUGCAUUGGUGGAUUAGAGAUGUAAUUGACUGGUACGUUUAGUACCUUUUAGUAAAUGUUGUUAGUCUGCUGAUGUAUAGACUGAUUUCUGAGUCCUUUGGAUUUUCAAUUAUCACUUCAUCUUCCAAUGACUGACUGAAAAAAAAUAGCCUUAAUUCUAACUCUUUGGACAAUAAAAAAUCACAAAAAACUCA